GCAUUUGUAGCAGACGGAUUGUUUGCAAAACGUAAUAAAUUUAGAUUGUAGAAACAAAGUUUUAAAAUAUUAGACACCAGCAUAAAAUUACAAGACAGUACAGGCAAAAUACCACCAAAACAGUUAAUAAUACGCAGGUUUGCACGAAAGAUCCUCUUCCGAAAGAUAGAUAUUUGUGAAGAAUGGAGAGUGGUUCUGUAGGGGCAGGUGCCCUUACGAAGUCCAAGAUUCAAGACUCUUCCAGGGAUGGAGGAAAGCAUCAAGUAAAGCUUCCACAAAGUGAUAGAAAGCUUCCACCCAGUGAAGAUAUUUCUAAUAUUAAAGAAAACGUGAACAACAAUGCCAGUCUAUCGUGUGAUCCUGACUAUGGCGAGGAUGCAAGUGAAGCACAUUACCAAGAUUCUGCUUCUGCUCGUAUUAAUGAUGAUGUUCCAGUUGAGGUCAGAGAAGAGGCUGUGCAUGAUGAUGUUCAGAUGCAAAGUCACAAUGUUGAGGAUGCCUCCCAUCCUUCAAAUAAUGGCCGUAGCAGUGUUACCGAAGCACAGGGCAAUCAUGUUACGACUACAAUUACGACCACGACUAAAAAAUCCAAACAGUGUUUACAAGUUGAUGUAGGUGGUUGUGGAGACCAUAGAGAUACUAAUUCCACUUCCAAAGAGAAAUCAGUGACCAGAAAGAUUAUAAAGGAAGAGAAUGUUUGUGAUGAGCUGCCAGUUUAUAAUGAUAUUGCAAUGGAUCCUUCACCAAAUUAUCAAAACAAUGCCACUAACUCUACACAGCAUCCAGCUGACAACAGGACCAAAAGUCAUUGUCGUGAAACAAAAAUCUUAAUUCAGAAUCGGCAGGCACUUGAGGAACAAGAAAAGAUUGAUAAUGAAAACACUCAGAUUCUGCUUGUGUAUGUAGACGAAACCAGUAAUGAAUCUGUGCUGAUGGUUGAUGAAAACAACACUCAAACAAAAGAAGACAACAAAACAGCUAUGUCAACAUCUAAUCUUGUGGAAACUGUCAUUGUUAAAAAUGAACAGUCUACAGAAGACAGUUUAAAAAAAACUAUUGUUAAAGACGAGACAAUCGAUUCUGCUCCAAGCUGUAAUUUGAAGACUGCUCGUCCUACAGAACACAAGCAAAUGGAAAUCUGUGACACAGAUGAUAGUCGUAGAAAUGGAAAUAUUGCAGACAAUGUAGUCAGUGAAAGAAAUGCUCCUAGAUGUUCACCACGAACAUCUGCUGUAAAGAUUAACGGUGGUGCUGGUGAUGUGAAAUCAGUGAUACCUGUGGAACCUGCUGCCACAUAUGGUAAAAAGCAAACCACUAAUGGGCAGCAGGUUCUCCGUGUAUCAAGCAGUAAUAAGCCUUUAGAAUCUGACGUGUUCAAAGAACCCAGUACAUGUAGUCAACUUAAACAACCGACAUUGGAUGGAACCAGAAGGCAAAAUGGAGAGAAUGUCAUUAUGGGUUCUGACAACAACAAUAAUAGCAGCAGGGUAGCAAAAUCUGAGACGGUCAUUUCACAGUUUAACAUGUUCCCCACCGAAAAGGAUGUCAUGGCCGCAGUCUAUCAGAACACGGCAGAGACUUCACAUCUGACCGGCAACUGUGGCUUGAUGAACAGUCAGAGCAGCUCCACAUCAGUUGUGUCCACACACAGUGGUUGCAGUUCUUACAUACCAAGUGACCUUCAACCGAACUCUAGUUAUCCUGAAGCACAAAGCUCACACUCAAAAUGGUUUGCAAACCAGGUGAAUCUUGCUGCGGCCUUGUGUGUGGCCAACAACAGCAGCUAUCAGGAUGUUCACGGAUCAUCACCUCUCAUUCCACAGCGAUCUCCACAACAGAGAAAUGUUUUCAGUCCAUCGUAUCAGAAGGAUUUUUCCCAGUUUGUCCUGCAGAGCCCAAAACCGAAUGUCCAUGGCAAUCAGAACAUCUCGCCAAGCAUGCUGUGUUCACCGUCAACGAAUCUCUUUGAAACUUUGAUGUAUCAGAGUGAGAAUCCAUUUUCUCCAUCAGCGUCCAGAUCUGACACAGGUCGUAACUAUAGCAACGUGCAAGACUUGGAUGAGCUUAUGUCUGCACAGCAGGCUUACCAGCCACGGCAGCCACCAUGUUUUAUGAACACUUCAGCUCACUCAACCAGCCAGCAGGCAAACCGGUCUCAAGAUGUAAACUGGAAUAGCAUGAACCAGCCAGCCACCCUGCCUGGUGUUGCCUCUUUGCUCCCUUCGAGCUCUGUACACCAUGCAGAGGGAAGACCUAGCAGUAGCAGUGCAGGCCAUACUCCUUACAAUACGAGAGAUAGAUAUGCAAGUAAUUCUGUCUUACCAAGCAUGAGUAACGUAGCCGUUGAACAUGUCAGACCACAGAAAGAUACAAACAGUUUGAUAGCUUGUAACAGUAAUGUGGUGAUCGAGGAGUACACUGCAACCCAGUAUCAGGAGAUCCUGCAGAGACCAGAAUUGGGUCACGGACAUGGCAAUAGGAACUGGAAUGCUGCACCUCAUGAGGAUCGGGAUUGUCAAGGACGUCCAAAUCAACACAAGACGAGACCUCGCAAACAGAACAUAAGUGAAUCAAGCAGCGCUCCCCAUCUUGCGUCAAAGCAGUCAUCUUCGGGGAAAGGCACGAAAAGAAGCCACAGCAACACGGAUCACAGUGCUUCUGUGACUUCAUCAUCAACUAAAAAAGCCUGUCACUCACCAACUGAAGAAGACUCCAAGGGAUACGUCAACUAUCAGAUAGCCUCAACUAUUCACACACUCAAGCCUAGACACAUCGUAUCUUGGUACAUCGAUUUCCUCAUCAAGGAAAAUGAGAACAUCACAGAUAUGUCGCAUUCGUAUUCCAUCCCAGCUGGCAUCUUCGAUGACAGGGAUUUCUACUUCAUGGAGAGCCUGCUGAAAAGGAUGUCGUUCCCCACAAAGAAAUUUGCUAACUGGAUGCAGGUGAAUUUUCCUAGCAUUAAUAUCAAUGCCAUUGACUUCAGUGAGGGUCGGCGAAGACAGCAGAAUUUCAUCAUCGACGAAGCCAAAUACUGGAGUGAGAGAACUCAAGUGGAUAUUAUUAAUGAAGUCUUCUACCAUUUUCAGUCAGUUCGGGAUCAGAAGUAAUGAGCAUGUGUUACCAAAUAAAUAAAUUUAAAAACACCCCUCCAAGACCAAGGUGCAUUGACAGUUGGCUUCAACUGAUGACUGAUGGCUUUUACACAAAUUAAAUUUCCUAAAAACAAAGUGAAAAAAAUCUUUGCCAUCGAGAAGUUUAGUAUUUGAUGCAAAUUAACUGUUUUCAUUUGUUGUAUACAGGGGUGGGAAUUCUCCUCGGAUCAGCUGUUUUCAUCUCAUGGACAAUCGCAUUUUAAUCAUCCUUUACUCCAAAAUGUGUCAGAUGGCACAGAUUUUAACCUAGGAGUUCAAGAAUUUCCGGGACCCCUCUAGAUUUCCUCUUUUUCACAGUUCACCAAUUCCCACCCCUGUGUAUAACAGAUGGCACUGCUGUUGACAUUUUGACAAGUUACUGUUAAUGUUUAAGUUUACAGUAAUGAAUGAAUUUGGGUAAAGACACUUUGACUCACGAAUCACGAGUCAAAAUGUUUCUACUCAUAGUUUUUUAGUUCAUAAAUUUCAGCCUGCUAUGCAGCCAUUUUUAUUCAUCUCAUUUACAUUAAUGAAAACCUUACUUACUUUGGUACAUGCCUAUCAAAAGAAAGAGAUGUAGUAGGAAAUUUCAUCGUUGUGAAAAAUUCCAUAGUACCAAUGUCAGUGUUUCUGCCAGAAAAAAAAUUUGGGGUAUGGCGCUGUGCAAUUGAAUGCAUCCAUCAGUAAGGGGUAUGGGAGGCCUCCCCCAAAAAGAAAAUAAGUUACGUUUAGGGUUAGGGUUAAGAAAAGCAUACAGUAAUGAUAAGAAUAAUUAAUUUUGUCAAAAGGUUAACUUAAAAAACCCUCAUCUGCCAAAACUUUGGGUAUGACACCAUACCCGUUUUACCCUCUGGCAGAAAUUCUUAGAAUGGAAAUUGCAUUUUAAAAACUUUUAAAAUUACUUUAUAAAAACAACUCAUGGUAGCUUGAAAAAUUGCAUUUUGAAAAUAUUUUCGACUAUACCUUAUGGUUGAAAUGUUUAGAAAAUUUAUUGUUGAUCUGUGAUGGCACACACAGGUGCUGUUACUACAUGUAGUUUUAAUAGAAAAUACUCCAAACGACUUACGUUGUUUGUCGUUUCAUCUUGAGACAGCUGAAUGUGAACUUUUCUCUUUUGUGACAUUUUCAGCUUUAAAGCCGUUUCCCCAUAGAUCAGUCAGCAAAAAGUGUGUUAAUAUAUUUAAUUAGGAAUACAUGUUGUGCUUGUUUGAAAUUGUGGCAAUUUACAGUUUGCAAUUUAAAUCCGUAUUCAUGUGACUAUUCAGGCAUUUAAAUUGCUAUCAGAUACAUGCUAGCAGAGGUUUGAUUGUUCAGUUGAAAAGUCAUGCACACAGGGACCAUACCCCCCCAAUCAAUUUUUUUUUAAACUAUUAAAUUUUAUAAAAUCAUACAUACAUAGUGUGGGUUGGCCCCCCAAUAUGGGUUACUCCCCCCCCCCC